CAAAAAGGACAAACGGCCAACUUGUCCUCCAAAAGUUCCCACGGCAAAAGAAGGGCCAUUGGCAAGCUUGCAAUCUAGGACGGAGGAUUCCCAGAACAAGCCAUUAGGGAAUACUUUCGGAAAUGGUCGUUCACAUUGCUACGCUGCCUUCGGGACGUCCUCUCUACCACGGCACUCUUGUACAGAAACGGUUGGGUGGCAAGACUCGCAGGAAUGUCGUCAUUUGCCGUCCCAUUAGCACAGAGGAUAUCAGCACUGUCGCGGAUCUGUUGAAAAAGCAAGCCGAGCAGUCUAACGGCAAGAACCAAGAUGUGAUUGAAACGGGAACAGACUCCAAGGAGGAGUCGAAAGAAAAGGAUAAUAUGGAUGCCCUAGGACAUUUGGCUGCUGCGUCGGUUGCAGACUCUCCUUUAAUGAUCCUCGGUACUGGAGCGCGAACCUACAUUCAUUUUUCAACUGUUGAGGAGGUGUUGGAUGAAAGGGAAUGCGGUGCUGCAUGCAACUUAUCGUUGACAACAUCCCAGAAGGAAUAUCGUUUCCUUGCUUCCACAUCAACUGACUACACAAUAUGGAUUGCGGCUCUACGUGACUCUUUUGCUCUACGCAACUCAACCACACCAGUAGUCAGUAGGACCUCAACUCUCAGCCGCUCCCUUUCGCAGUCCAAAGGACAUGGCGACAAUUUCCGCUCUCGCAAAUUUGGCUUUCCUGUAAGAAGCCACACCGUGGAUUCCAUCAUGAGUGCAGGAGUACCUCCUUCCUUGAAAGGGGAACACGCAAAUGACAGUGAGCAGGAAACAGAAAAUGUAACUUCAGCUCCCCAGGAUACUGUCCAACUGCAAGAGACAGUGCCAGCUACUGGCGGAUUGAAGUUGAGCAAACGACCUUCUCUCGUCGGUCGUAAGCGUACUGGAGUCCGUUUUGCGGAAGCACCAGACUCUGGAAUCAAGCAUGCCCCCGUUGCAUACCCUCCACCGAUUCCACCCAAAAAUGAUGUUGCGGACGAUGGGCCAGUCAACUCUCUCAGUCGAAAAAUAAGCUCGUUCCUUCGAGGCGGAUCAGGUGCUGACUCUCGGGAAAAGGCACCAGCAGCCAUGGACGAAGUACUCUCCCCUCGGCCUCCGAGUCCAGAAAGAGACAGAGGCGACCGUCCCCGCCGAUCUGGAACUCUCCCCCGGCUAUUUACAAAACUUUCCAACAGCGGUGACGCGCCAGAGGAUGACGGUCGCGGUCGUUCUUCCAGCCGUCCGCACAGUGCGCAUCCUGACACCCGGCCACGCAGUCGGAGUAGGAGCUUAACGCGACUAUUGACAUUGGUUCCCUCCGUACGAAUGCCAAGGAGUCAAAGCCUGGCUUCCAUGUUCAGAAAGCAUGCAGACGACGCAGUCGUCCACGAAGAAAUCCGGGUUUGAUGACUUUUCGUGCUGCGUGAUGGGUGCAGGGAGGGGGGUGGUGCGUGCCUUAGACUAUUUAAACGACCAAUAUUCAUGGAUGGGGCCAUCUGUUUUAUGCAUGAUCGGCGUGCUGGACACGUCCAAUUCAAUAUCUAGAGAUGGCAUUCUAGGAGGGGUGGAUUUACAUCAUAUUGCUAGUUUCUCAUGUCUGUAUUCUACUUUUUUAUUUCUUAAUAUUCGAAUACACAAGCUGUACA